UUCCAGGAUGCUCAGGUGACCAUUGAGUGUGUGAUUGUUCAGAAGUUCCACCGUUCUAUCAUGGGUCCCAAAGGCUCUCGUAUCCAGCAGAUCACUAGAGAUCACAAUGUACAGAUUAAGUUCCCAGAGCGCGAGGACCCACAAGCAGCACCUCCUGCAGAGGAACCCAUUCAGGAGAAUGGCGAGACCAACGGAGAAGUGAAGGAGCCCGUCGAUCCAAACGUACCCAAAAAGUGUGACAUUAUUGUGCUUUCUGGUCGCAAAGAGCGCUGCGAGGCCGCCGUGGAAGCACUGAAGGCCUUGGUUCCUGUUUCUAUUGAGGUGGAAGUGCCUUUUGAGCUUCAUCGUUACAUCAUUGGACAGAAAGGAAGUGGAAUUCGCAAGAUGAUGGACGAAUUUGAGGUUAAUAUUCAAGUGCCUGCUCCUGAGCAGCAGUCUGAUAAAAUCUCUAUCACCGGCUUGGCCAAUCACCUGGACCGCGCCAAAGAGGGCCUCUUGGAGCGUGUCAAAGAGCUGCAGUCCGAGCAGGAGGAUCGGGUCAGUGUUUCACUCUGCGGUGUGGAUGAUUCAUGUACUAAAUUCUCUUUGCGAUUACCUUUUUUUAAAGGACACCCUCAUGAUGAAACUGAAUGAGGAAAGACCGUAAUA